UGUUCAACGGGAAAGCAUAUUUUUCUGAUUUCUGCUUUCGUGAUAAAGGGCUAGCGAAAAAUUCGCUUAUCUGCAUCUUGCCGUGUCUUCUGCAUUGAUUUCUUCCGUGCGGCAUUCGUACAGGUGGAGGCAACGUGUCCUCACGUAAGUCGUUUGCGGUACGAAAUAAUGUACAUAUAUAUGUGACGAUAUAUGAUUGUCUGUGAUUGUCUGUGAGUCCGAUUUGAAGUUACCUCGCUUCCAUGAUUUAGUCGACUUUAUGAAUCAAUUUCGUCGAUCAUAGGCUGUCGUUCCGUACUAAGCAUUCGCCGGCCUUAGAGGGAGGGAUUGCCGCUAUCUCCAUUACGCAGUCUUUGUCCAUUUUAUGGUAGGGUUCCUUCUCUACCUGCCGUGCUACUCAUUCUUUAGUGCAAUGUAAUUCUUUGGUCGACAACCUUCUAAAGCAGUGUAGCCUAUACAAACCGAACGUACUCACGUGCUUGAGUGCUCGUGGUCGUCUUGCCGUGUGUAUGUGUGUGAGACAGUCACAGAGAGAGACAAACACACACACACGCACACACACACACACACAGAGAGAGAGAGAGAGAGAGAGAGAGAGAGAGAGAGUUGUUGAACUGCGGCAAGAUGUGGUAAUUAAGGGGCUGCGGAGGCGAGUCCCAGGGGGAACGAAGGGUGGGAAGGUAGGGGCAAAAGCUGAGGUGAGAUAGAUAGAUAGAUAGAUAGAUUUGUCACAGCCCCUCGUUUGUUGUCCUCUUCUCUCUCUCUGCCUACGGUUUACCGGGCAGUUCUAUUUGUGACGAUAUAGAUAGAUAGAUAGAUAGAUAGAUAGAUAGAUAGAUAGAGAGAGAGAGAGAGAGAGAGGUCUACGACGAAUGAUGGUGGAUGGGCAUACCGUGGCUGGCGACGAGAAGGACACAAAGCGAGAUAGGGAUUUAGGUAGUAUUCGAUUCGAAACCGAGUAGGAUGGGGGGAGAAAAAAGAAAGCGGCGCCUGUUCUGUUGAGGAGGAGAGCGGUCCAGGAAGACAAGCGAUCUGGAGCUCAUUGUCGAGCGCGUUCAUUUUCUACGAGGAGUUUGUUGUUGAACGGCUGUGGAGACAGGUUAAUGUGAGGAAAGGCGCGAGACGAAGCGGGAGUACGGUUCUUUUCAGAAUUCCUCGCUCCUGAACCUUCUUCGCUUCACAAUACCCCGGCCGUGCAGCAACGAGGAAUGGGGGCGCGGGGGACCUUGUCAGCACACGAUAUGAUGGCAAUCAGCGGCUGCGUGGUUUGCCACGUCGUGAUAUUUUAGGUGGAUGCGGGAGGGAGGUGAGUAGGAUUCACGGACGGUAAGAAGAAUAUGUCGUAAGUGAAGAAUGAGCGGGGAGAGAGUGGAGGAAGACAGACUGAAAAAGGGCAGAAAAGCGAGGAGGUGGCGCUUGACUUUCGCUGACGCAAGAGAAGGGCAUCAGAGGACGUUAGACGCGAAUAGGUACGCACUCUGCGUGCGUGUGUGCGUGCGUGCGUGCGUGUGUGUGUGUGUGUGUGUGUGUGUGUGUGUGUGUGUGAGAGAGAGAGAGAGAGAGAGAGAUAUGGAGGCGGGGGGGGCUUUGGUGGGGCCGUCUCCGAGGGAACGAAUUGGCGAUCAGUGUCAGCAGCAGCAGAAGCAGCAAGACUGUAGGCACUUUUUGCAGACAGGAACUUGCGCGUACGGGCGGAGCUGUAAACACAGUCAUCCAAUAACUGGACGAGCCGUCUUUGCGUCCUUGGGGAGCUUCACGUCAGCGGAGAGGCGGAGAGGGGAGGAGCAACAGCAGCAUCAAGUGCGUCAGCAGCCGGCUCAACAUCCUGAACGUCCCGGUCAGCCGGAGUGUCCGCAUUAUGCGAAAACUGGAACGUGCAAGUUUGGCAUAAGUUGCAAAUUCCACCACAGUCCCCAUCUAGUGAGGCUCUCUCCUGUCGCAGCGUCCACGACGUUUUUGCUGGCUGCUCAAAGCCAAGCUCAACGCGUGGGCGGUGUUGUCUUGAAUGGAUCACGAUACCCUUUGCGCCCGGGCCAGAAAGAUUGCGACUACUACAUGAAAACCGGUCAGUGCAAGUUCGGCGUCAGUUGCAAGUUCAAUCAUCCGGAGCUGAUCGCCGCUUCGAGCAGGGCUCCGGUAUAUCCACCACCAUCAAAACCGGCGGUCCCGAUACCUGUACCGACGCCCACAGUCUCUGCGGGCUAUCAAACAGCCCCAGGUGCACUGGGGCGCAGUGGACCGCCGGCCAUUCCCGUGAGUCCUGUGGUAUUUCCGGUACCUGUGCGACCUGUAGGUCUGGCGCGCUUCCCGCCCUUCAGCACCCAGCCAGGGCAGGCCGUGCCCUCAGGCCCUGGACACGUCCACUGCCUCGUUCAGCAUCCUGGAGGUAUCGUGUAUCUGCCACCAGGCUGGAAUUACCAGUACGUUUGGCCGGCACCUGCAGAUCCUACUCACCUGCUUUCCCGUCCUCAGUCACAUCAAGUAAAUUCCGCUCCUCAAUCUCAGCAGCAGCAGCAGCACGCUCAGCCGAUGUCAGCAGGAUCAGCAGCAGGUGAUGGAGGCUCGUUUUUCUUGCCGCCUCGGAGCCAUCUACCUCCUCCUCCUCGCCCUCCUCUCUCCCCCCCACCGGCUGCGACGAGCGCUACGGUAUCAGGCCCUGGCGGCGACUCGCUGGCAUCAGGUGGCCUUGGAGUUGUUCGCGGUGGUGGCACGGUGAUCCCGGUUGCAGGGCCCGUUGCGCCUUUCGCUCCAUCGUCGAACCCAGGGCUGCUAACAGCGAAUCCUAAUGUCAAUUUCAUGAGUAAGAGUACCGAGAUGCCGCCAUCUCUGCCUGCCCUGCCAAAGGCUCCAUAUCCACCGGGAAUGAUCGGUGUGCAGGGAAUAAUGCCCUCGUCGCAUAACGGGCCCGGUGGAUGCACGGGAGUCGUGCUGUUCCCGCAGCUUCUGCCACGCAACAGCGCUGCGGCCCCGUUCCCCGAAAGGCCGGGACAACUGGAAUGCCGCUACUACGUGCGCACUGGGGCGUGUAAGUAUGGGAUGUCUUGUCGCUACCAUCAUCCAAAAGAUCGGAAGGCUGCGGCGAUGGCCAGUGGGAGCGGCAGUAGCGGAGCUGGGCCGGGAACAGCAGCUCGGUGCGCACUCAAUCCGAUGGGAUUCCCGCUACGUCCAGGUCAGCCUCCUUGCACGUUUUACGUACGCAACGGUGAUUGUAAAUUUGGUCAGACUUGUAAAUUCGACCAUCCAGUCGGGGAGCUAGAGUAUUGCCCCUCUGCAUCGUCGUUAGUGGACAUGCCUGUCGCGCCGUUGCCAGAACGAUCCUUAGCUGUGGCUGCUGAAGAAGAAAACGGGGUCGUCGAAGCCACUCUACAUAAACCCAAGCAGGAGGUGAAGGGUCAAUCGACCGGAGGGAGCAGUGAGGUAAAUCGUCCGGAUGAUGAAGAAAACGGUGGGGACAAUGAUGAUGAGGAUGAUGAUGAUGAGGAGGAUGUAGAGGAGCAUGAUCUGAAGGGUGGAAGACAUCAGGGCGGCAAUGGUGCUGAUUCCGCCCUGAAGGUGACGGCAGAGGAGGUGAACUCCGCUCCCAUUCAAGCGGUUGUGAUUGAGAAUUCUGGUCUAGUUAGUGUAGGAAGUCACUGAUCGAUUGGGUCAGGAGUCCUAGAGGGGCCUGAUUCAAGGAUCAAGGAUAGGAAGAGCGUAGGAUGAGCUGCUUGCUCGCCUGCUUUGUUCUCCGUCCUGGCUGCCCCGUUGGUUGAUUGACUAGUUGAUUGCUUGCUUGCUUGCUUGAUUGAUUGAUUGGGUGCUUGGGUAGUUGCAGAACAGCGGAACGAAGCGUCGUUUCCCCUAACGUAGGUCUAGUCCGUAGUUUGAAAUUUGAUUUGUUAUGCCUGGGUCAUCUUAGCACGUUUGACACGAUUCCUACGGUAGAGCCCGUCUCUUGAGUGGCUCAUUCAAGUUCCUUGUCUUAGAAGUUAGGUCGCUUCUGGAGCAUUGAGUGCUUGCUUGCGUGCUUGCUUGAUUGAUUGAUUGCUUGCAUGGACAAUCGACAUUGUCGUUGCAGCACUUGCAAGAAAGCUUGAAGAGCAAGAGGAUGUGAGAUGCAAGAGAUGAAGAAGUGGACAAAAAACGCUUUUUGUUCUGCGUCCUCCACACUUCGUGGAUAGCGACUGCUGCUGGCCUUUCUUCCUCAUCUCCUUGCUUUUGGAGCUGCUGUUGUUUUUGUUUCUGUCAUCCUUGCUGUCGUCACCGGCGAUGCUGGUUUGUUGGGGACGACCACUAUCCGUUCACUUACUGACUUUCUCUUUGCUGAAUUGCGUUUUCUUUCAUCCCCCACCUUCCCUCCCCCUCUCCCCCCCCCCCUCCGCCCUUCCUGAAUGGAAGUGGAAAGGAGCGAAGGGAAGAGGAGCUCAUCUCCUAGAGGUUGUCAGUGUACUUUGUUUGCAUUUUUGCUACCAUCCGGCAUCAGGAAGCUGAUGCUGGCUUCAGAUCUAGCAAAAGCGGGCAAAGGUAUGUUGAGCUUAGGGGGCCUGUUUCAGAAAACACAGAACCUUAGGAUGCUUUUUUUUCUUGAUUUAUACGGGCCGAGCCCCUUUGGUUCGAGUCAAACAGUUCGAUCGUUCAUUAGAACCAGAAACGAGAGUCUGGACUAAAUCAUCCUGAAGGGAGGACGGCGAGCGAUGUCAGUUCAAAUGUGGCCCUCGGCCCUGGCAUGAUGAGAGGACGGCGAGCAGGCAGGCGGUUCUCCGUAGGAGUAGAGGAGGGAUUCUCCUCUGGCAGGCGGGUAAGAGCGGGCGGGAUCGUUGUGGCUAUCAGUCUCUUGGUCGAAGGCACGUCGGUCGCUGGAGAGGAGGAGCCCCGUGAUCCCGUAGUGUCGGAGUAGAACGGUCAACCAGAGGAGGCCGGGGGUGGACGACGUAAGGCAGGCCGCUUGGGUAAAGGGGACAUCAAUUUCAAAUCUUUGACAAACGUGAGGUGAAUCGCAAAGCCCCGGAAGCGGUUUCUCUGGGAAUGGGGGGUGAAGCAGAGGUGGGCGUGUUGGGCAGCAAGGCUCGGUUUUCUAGAAUCGUCCGGGCGUGUCAGGAUGAGUAUGGCCAGUCUUGUCUAACUUGUUGGUUUGGCUUCCUGAAUUUGACCGGCUUAUCUCCGGCUGCCGCGGUCGGGAGCGCGUACGGAUGUGACGACGUCGUUGAUUCUUCACUGUCACAAUGUGUGAAGUAGAAGGCGCAAUUGGCUCUCCGCGGCCUGUGGGUGCACAAUGUGCGCGUUUAGAUGGACUGCCUCCCUCGUCGUUCCGUCACUCGCACAUUCCCUUAUUCUGUACCACAUUCACUCAUUCCUCCCUCGUUCACACAUUUCUCCGUCGCUCCCUAACUCCAUUACUACCACAUUCACUCAUUCGUCUCUCGCACAUUCCCUUAUUCCGUACCACAUUCACUCAUUCCUCCCUCAUUCACACAUUUCUCCGUCGCUCCCCAACUCCAUUACUACCACAUUCGCUCAUUCGUCUCCCAUUCCCACAUUCCUUCCUCUCAUUCCCUCGUUCCCACAUUCCCUCAUUACCACAUUCCCCCUCAUCCCUCAUUUCCAUUUCCGUCCUUCCCUAGGCUCCUUUCUCUCCCUUCUCCCCUGUCCACCGCGCCUUUUGAUUCGACAGGCGCUCAGAUGCACGCUUCGCAUCGUUUCCUGAAUUACCUGACGCUGCCUGUCACCGCAUGUCAGAAAGCAGAAGCCGCGGCCGUAGUGGGGGAAAAAAGUGAGUGACGUGCUGAUGAAGCUGCUGCCACAGUGUGACUGUUAGAUAGCUGACAGUGGCAAUUAUCAUGCAGAGGACGUGGAGGAGGACGUAGGCUGGAGGACUUGUUUGGUAGCCACGGGGGAAGAGAGGUCCUCAGAACCGUCCGAAAAUUGAGGGUUGUUGACUUUUUGAACUAGAAGGGAGGACAGGAUGCUUCUCCGUUCGAAUACCUGGCGAGCCGAGGCAGGGGAAUAAGCGGCAUAGAUCGCGUGGGUGUCGCAGCAAGGCGUGAAGAAGUUUGCCUGCAAGGAUCUACUGGAGGCUCAGGGCCGACUUCUAGAGAUAUGAUGAAAUGUCCGGACAGGACGGGAUUGUUGUUUGUUGUUUCAUAGCGUAGUUAGCGUGCGCUAGGUUUCAGAGAUUGCGCGUGCUUUCGUGCGUGUGCCUGGGCUUUACUUUUUCCUCGUUGCUUUGCCAAAGCGGCCUGGAGAGGGUCGGAAUCAGUGCACGACCCAUUGACACACACAGGAUUGCUGAAGGUAGCGAGAGUCGGAAAUAAAUGUGGGGGCGGUAGGACUCUGGCGAACCACCGCCUGCAUGAUGCAUUAGAGCAGGCUGCUUGAGGGAAGUGUCUGCUCGCCUUCACUGAGAAAGAGAUGGAUGCGAGAGAGUGCCGUGAGAGAUAGCGGAGCGAGAAGGCUUGGGGGGGAGGAGGAAAACCAGAGAGGAGACGGGCAUGAGACACCGUCCGAGUCGGGACGAAUCGAGGUGCGCGCGGAAUUUUUUCUAAGAGUGGAAGGUGGGUCGUUGAAAAUUGUGAGGCAAGGGUAUUCGCUCUCAAUUAACGAAAAGAUUCGAAAGGGUUGUGUGCCGUGUACAUUAAUGACCGUCUGCUGGGCUGAAGACGGCUUCAGUUGAUCACCGUCUGUUUAACUAGCCCCGGAAGGUAACGGUAGCAGCCCCUGUGUGUGUGUGAGUGUGUGUGUGUGUGCGCGCGCGCGCUUGUAUGCACGCGACGGCGGAUGAGGGACAGCGUAUGUGUACGUGCUGUGCUCGUGUGUCCGCGCCUCCUGGAUGCGCGUGUUUAUGUCUGGGUGCCGAUGCAUGUGCGGUGCGGCAUGUGAAGAUCCACACCCCGUCAUGCACACACAUACACACGCAGAGACAGACACACACACGCACACACACACACACACACACACACAGAGAGAGAGAGAGAGAGAGGUGGAUGUGGAGAGGAGUUGUGGUAGGCUAGGGAAUGAGGUGGGUUGAGAUGGAUAAAGAGAGUUAUGGCAGGCUAGCGCAUGAGCUGCAACAGUGAGGGGGAGGAGUACAGGAAGUAGGGGCUGCUGUGGACGUUACGUAGCGUGAUGGACGAUUGGGACAGGGGGCGAAAGAAUAGCUCCUGGCCUCGUCUGGAUGACGUUGAGAAUCCAUCCAGUGGUAGAAGAACUCCGUGGGAAUGAGGGACGCCGAAGAAGUGGGAGAGGAAAGUGAAAGUGGAUUGGGUUGGGGCAGGGCCGAGGUGCGGAAUCAAGCGAGCGAAUCUUCCUUUUUGGUCAGGCCGAAGAAGAAUUAGAGGGGCCCGCAACUGGAAGAUCGACAGAGGAGGGGCCUGGAGGCAGCGGGAUAGAAAAUUGGAGAAAAAACAUGGAACGAAGGAGGGGAAAUGAAGAAGGAGAUUCACAAAGCCUGCAGGUAUGGAUGAAGCAGCCAUGACCCUUUGUUUUCGUUCGCGCUAAAAGAAUGCAAUCCUUUUACUUUGUCUUGAAAUUAACCUGC